GGCGAGCGCUAGCUCGCUAGCCUCGAUAGUUUAAUGGAGAGGCACUGCUCUGCUGCGCCAUUUGCGGCAGUUUUUAUUAGAUCCAUGUUGCCGCGAAGCCAACGGCUUUCGUCCCCGGCCCUAUAAAUAUGGAUCCAUCGAGUACUCCUCCGGCAGCAGCAACCCACAGGUCGAUCCAUCCAUUGGUCGCCACAAGAAGCCAAACUAGUCAGGUCGAGCUAGGAAGCGUAGCGAGAGAGCUCUGAGGUAGAGAUAAGGUCGUGGACAUGGCGUGGAGCGAUGCCGAGAACGAGAGGUUCGAGCGCGCGCUGGCCACGUACGGCCGCGACACGGCCGGCCUCUGGGAGCGCGUGGCGGCGGCGGUCGGCGGCGGCAAGACGGCCGACGACGUCAGGCGCCACUACGACCUGCUGACGCAGGACAUCGGCGACAUCGAGUCCGGCCGCUACGGUUACCCCAACGGCGGCGCCAACGGCAACACCAACCGCAACAACGGCAGGAACAGGACCAACCGGCCCCAGACAUGAUGGGAUCAUGCGGUUCACACAGUCGAACCAAGGACACGUAGGUACCAAGUGCAGUACGACCAAAGCUUAGCUAGCAGCUUAUUAUGCAUGCAAGCUGCCGUGUAUAUGUACUUCGUAUCUACUCCUAGUAUUUUAUGUUUGGGUCUUGGAGAGUAUAUGCAGUAGUAUAGCUCUGUCGCGAGACGAGAGCACGUACGUGUGCAUGUUCCACUUGUGUGACAGCAGUGUGCAUAUAUGGGUGUAAACUGUAAAGCUUGCACUACUGCUUUUGUGAUGGCAUGUUUGCUACCGAUGAAUGAACGAAUGACUGAAUGA